GUUCUUCUACUCACUCAAAAAUCAAUUCUUCAUUUCUUAGAAAUCAGAACAUCUCUCUGUCGCCUUAAAAGCCUCUUCUUAUCAAGUUAUCAUGGCAACGACAGCAACAUUGGCAGCUCCAUUAACUGGAUCUGUCCAAAAACCAGAUGAUGAGUGGCGUGCGGUUCUGUCUCCUGAACAAUUUAGAGUUCUCAGGGAAAAGGGCACAGAGGCCCGAUUCAAAGGAGAAUAUAAUAAACUGUUCGACGAAGGAACGUAUGCGUGUGCUGGCUGUGCAACUCCUCUUUAUAAGUCCACCACCAAGUUCGACUCUGGCUGUGGCUGGCCUGCCUUUUUCGACGCUAUUCCCGGUGCCAUUAAACAAACUCUGGAGCCAGAUGGGAGAAGAGUUGAGAUCACAUGCGCAAAAUGUGAUGGACAUUUAGGUCAUGUUUUCAAAGGAGAAGGUUUCCCCACGCCUAAAGAUGAGCGUCACUGCGUCAACAGUGUUUCUCUUAAGUUUAAUUCUUCCGAAACUUCCUCCUGAUAAAUCGAUGUAUAUCGAUCCAUUUAUUGUUUGGACCAAUUCACCUCUUCUAAGAGAAUUCAAAAAUCGAGUCUGUUGUUUCAAGAAUAAUUUUUUUUUCUGCUGAAAUUUGGUGUGUUUUUUUUUUGAAAGCUUGUUUUCUAAAAUUUGGUGUGUUUCAUGAAUAAAUUGUACCUUUGCCGAGUAUUGAUGAAGCUUUUUGGUUAAUAAUACGGACUUAUA